UGGCACACACAGGAGGCUGCAUGUGACCAACACACAGGCAGACUGCUACAGAUCUAUUUAUAACGUGAUGAAUGACCAGGCCCCUGUUGACUCUCACCCACACUAUGGGCAAGGGCAGGGGGACACUGGACCGUGUAACUGCUGUAUUAAAAACUGAACCUGGAGACGUUAUCACCGUGGCAAAGAUGAGGAGCCAAUAAAUGUUGCCAUGGAUGACUUAGACCACAGUGUGCACAUUGCAGAGCACGACUGGGACUGUUUCUAUGAUGAAAGUGAGGAAUGCUCCCUACCACUACCUGACUUAGCAGGCUCAGAUGACUCUGGCCUCAGUGAAGAAGAACCAGAGGAUUCUGGGAUACAUACUGUCCAACAUGACAUACAGCAGCAGCAGGCAGCUUCAAACACUGCCAUUGUUUCUCAGUCCAGAAUUGAGGAACAGUGUACUGUCAGAAAGAAUAUCUAUUUAGAACUGCCCCUAAAGCCGUGUCAGGUUGUCUCAGAGGAAACACAAUUAAAUGAUCCAUUGGCCUUCACUGAGGAGGACGGAGGUUCCCUCCAAGACAUGGUCUCAGACAACAUGCCCCAGACACAGGAAGUAUCAGAUGUGGACUACAUUGUAGAAAACAGAGAUUCUGGCUACUUUGUCAAAACGUUGCUUGUGGAAAACCCAGGAGAGACCACCGAAGAGAUCACUGAGGAGACUGCGAGCAGCCAGGACAUAACAAAUGAUCUGGGCUCAGCUCCAGAAUGUUGUAGCAACAUGUGCAGAGCUAACAGUGACCCCUCUGGAGACUGCCACAUCUCAAAUAUCAAAGGAGUGGAUGGAGAGAUGCCAAGCAAAGGUGUCACUGGCACAUUAAAUACUGUCCCAACACCCCUCUACCUAGAGUCUGUAUCACUGCCACUCAAUGACCGGUGGCAAGGACAAAAUAUCUGCCAGGAGCAGCUGUUGCGGCACACGGAUAGAGCUGUAUUAUGUGAGAGAGGCACCAGCGAGGCAUCCAAAGGAGAGAAGGAACGUUGGUUUGUGACGGUGAACGACAGCCCAAUGCCACACAGAGUGCACGCUCACAGCACAACGAAAAAAAAGAAAAAAAAAAAACCUUGUAGGAAUUUGUUCCCGAGGGAUCUCACAUUACAGCAGCUGGACCCCCCCACUGAAAGUGAGUCGGAGAAAGAGAAAGAUGUAUUGGAUGGUUUGGAUAGACAGGAGGCCAUGUUUAUUAAAGCCUGCCAGUCAUGCUAUGAGUCACAACAUUUGCCGAAAAAUCAUAUUUUGCUGGACAAUUUUUACGGAGAGAUUCAUAAAGAGCUACCCAAAAUAAAUUUUAGUUAUUCAGAGUUACCUCCUCUCUUUUCAGAGUUAAGUUUGUCAUCGUCGUUCACUGAAAAAGUAAACAUUUAUACAAAGGCAUCCUCAGAGAAAAAUUACUCUUCAGAAGUGUUUGCCCCAGAGACGUUCAUUGAAAACAACAAACAGGAAAAUUACAGCUUAGCUAUUGGCUUACAAAGGUCAGCAGACCAUCCAUUAUCCAAACUACAAGACCUGUUAUUUGCACAGUGUGACGAAGAUGAACCACAGCAUCAUCCCUCUGAGUCUGGGGACUCAAACGAGGAAGUGGAAUUAUUUUACACCACCAGCACCAGCUGUGAUUCUGAAGAGGACUAUGUCUCAGCCACAGAAAUGAAAGACUCCACUUAUACUGACCCACUCUUGAAUGAGAUAGAAUCCACUUGGCCCUCCAAAAAUGUCACAGAUGAUUCACAGCCACUAAUUGAGGAAGACUGUCUAAAUUGUUCCUUGCCACCUCAAUCUGAAGGUUAUGAAAACACAGCUGACAAAGCAUAUGUCAAUGUCAUGGGUGGUUACAAGACACCAGCACAAAAAAUUGGUGUGCCACUCACAGACUUUGAACAUUUAAUCCAGACUAAUGUAUCAGAAGAACAACCCACACCUACACCUUCUCCCAUUUAUAUCCCUCUUCCUGAAGUAAGUGUGUCACAGACAGAAACCCCAGAAACAUCUCAUAAAGCUUCAGACUCACCACAUCCAGUUUAUGCCAUCUCUUCUUUUUGGGAAGAAAUGGAAAAAUUGACAAUACAAGACAUAUUGCACCUAAAGGUAUCUAGAAGUCCAUCUCCCCUUAGGAAGAUUGUUGAUUCGGACACAUCAGAUACUGCAGACUCUGACUAUUUUACACACACCGAUGACUCACCCAAGCCAGAACGCUUAGGUUGUGAAUUCUCUGAUGAGUUCAAGACCAGAAGACCAGCAUCUCCUUGCUCAGGAGAAAUCUCGCAAGAUGAAGAAACAGAAUCCAGUAGUGGCUUGGUCACUCCUGUUGACUACGAGGAGCUUGCAGCACUAAGCUCUUUUUCUAAAGACAGCAUCCUCAAUGAAGACAACAUCCUCAAUGAAGAAAAUAUCGUCAUUGAAGAAAAUAUUGUCAAUGAAGACCGCGCCUCAAACAUCAGCCUCCUCCCUGAGUUUACAUGCUUGAUUGGGAUGAAGAAAAGCCGAAGCAUGCAAAACAUUGCUCAACCUCUGGAGGUAGCAGUUGUAGACAUGCCACUGCAGAAGGUACACAAAAUACAAGAUCUUGAUGUUGUAACACAGUUAAAGGAUGUGCCCAUUCUACACACGCAGGUACAUCCAGAAGACAUGCCAAAUGUAAAAUGUCUGGAGACUGCUGAAGUACAGGUGCAGAUGAAAGAAAUGCCCAAUGUACAACCUCUGGAUGAAGUAGAAAUUCAUCAGAAGGAGAUAGAAAAUGAACAAGUUCUGGGGGUAAAACAAAUGCAUAAUCUCCAAGCUCUGGAUGCUAAGAUACAAUUACAAGAGGAGCAAGACAUUCAAACACUGGAGGUUGAGUUUGAGCUGAAGGACAUACUUCAGGAUGCCAGAAAAUGCUUAUGUCUUGAAAGCUGUCAGGACAUAGACCUGGUACAGCCUCCUGUUCUUGCUGCGAUUACAAAGAUCAACCAAACGCCCUCCCUAGUUCUACCCAACACAGACAUACUGGACAAGCGCCACAGAAUCACCUUUCCAGAACUAUAUGAAUACCUAUUCACAGAUGAUGUCCUCCCAGUCUCUGAGUCUUUAAUGUCUAUGUCAGUGCCUGAUCCUUGUUGUGAUUACUCUCCCUCUAAGCAGUCCCAGGACGAUAAAAAAGAAUUAGUCCCCAUUUUCUCUUGCUCCCGCUCAGCAACACGAGAUCUCACGUUCCCCGAACUGGAAGGUCUUCUCUUUUCACAACAAGACACCUAUCUUCAGUCCAAAGAGGACAACCGCUCCUCAAUCCAAGUGUUGACUUUAUCAGACAUCCAGGGCAAAGAGGCUGUGUCCUCCUCCUGUUCUUCCCACGUCUACAGCCAGGGAGCCUGGGGAGGGAACUGGAAGAGCCUGCUCUCCCUGAGGAGAAUUCCCAUCCCAGGAACUGGAAGCAGUAGUUGGUUCUGGAAGUCUCCAAGCCGGGUGUCUUCAGAUGUGGGUCCGGCUCAGAGGGUUGAUCCCAUGCCCAUUACACAGGGCAGCAAGGGGGAUGCAUUUUUCAGUGGUGCAACCAGGGUAUCACCGACUCCUCCUGAGGUCGUACAGCUUGGACACAAAAUCUUCAGACAGCUUUCAGAACAGCAGAGACGAUUCAGAAGCUUACAGACAACCGUCUCAGCAUCACAGAAAGAUGGCAUCCUCUUCUCACUGACGCAGUCUGACAUGUGUCUGGUCUGCAUUGCCUUUGCCUCCUGGGUACUGAGGUCUGCUGAUCCUAUGGUUGCAGACACAUGGAAAGCAGCUCUGCUGGCAAAUGUCAGCGCAAUGUCUGCCAUCCAGUACUUUCGGCAUUAUGUGGUGAAAAGGAAGGAAGGGAAAGCUGAAGACUUGAAGAAUUCAACUGAAGACGAGCCAUGAACCUUUCAGACAUUUUCAUUUGGGGCCAUAUAAGUGUCAUAACAGUUUUAUAUAAUAUAUUAACACAACCAUUUAUGUCAUACUGAGUAGUAACUGCCAAAUACAGUACCAUAGUAUUAUUGUAAUCAACAUACUUAUUCCCUUUUGGGAGACAGAAGUAGCUGAGUCCAGGAAUAAAAGCAAGCUCAAAGGAGACUCCAUUAAAAAUGUAUUUGGGUCCAGCACUGUGUGUUUUGGAAACUGGACCAUGAUGCUUUAGUUAAAGAUGCACUCCAGGAAUCUCAAGCACAACACAUUUUUAAUAUAUAGUUUGAAGUGAAUUUGAAAACAGGAUAUAAAAUGCAUACAAAAAAUACAGUACUACUAAUUGGAGGACCAUUUUUGCACAUCACCAUUUUCAAAACUCCUGAAGGAAAUCAUACAAUAGCUUUGGGAGAGCAUCUUUAACUGGAAACUUUAGCUCGUACUGUAAAUCCCAAAGGUUUUGAAAUCUAUUUUCUAAAUAAAGGUAUUUGUUCUGUAUGUAAACAUAUCUCAGAUAGCAUUAAACUCACCUAAAUAGCAGGCCUAACAUUUAUCUGGGUGAAUGGAGAUUGACCAGGACCAGACUGUGCAGUAUGUGACUUGUAAUCAUGACUAUGUGGGGCCUUCAAGUAAAGUUUAGUAUUUGAUAUUUAAAAAAAGGUUUCAGUUAUUAAGCAUGUUAGUCAUUUUAUCAAUACAAUGUGAAAAACAACCAGAGUGUGUAUUAAUUAGUAUUUUCUUAUGAUUGUGCAAAGCAAAAAAUGAAUACCCUCUGUACACUCAGUGGCCAGUUUACUUCUUAGACCCAUCUACCGCGUCUGACCUUUCCAGAUCAGACCGACAUCUUUGGGACAGGGAUUCUACAGUGUCAAUGUUGGGACGUCGGUCCAUGCUGAUGCAAUCGCCCCAUACUGUUGCUGCACAUUGGACAGCGUUACAUGACCUGUCUCAUCUCAUCCCAAAGACGCUCUUUCGGUUUGAGGUCUAGGACCUGCGCAGGCCACUUGAGUAAACUGAACCAGACAAUGUUUUUCCAUUCCUCCUUUGUCCAGUGUAAGUGAUCGCAUGCCCACUGGAAAUGCUUUUCACUGACAUAAGUGGAACCUGCUGUGGUCAUCUGCUGUAACAGGCCGUAGGUGAAAAGGACUGAUAUGUUGCGUUCCGCUGUUGCAUUGCAUUACUAUUAGCCUGUAUGUAGCCCACCUACUGUCACUUGUUUUGGCCAUGUCUAAUGUUCAAUUGACAAGUACCUUGAAAGCCACAUUACACUUUAAGGAGCCAUCUAUUUUUGUGAAUGGCACGAUGUAAAAAGUCUGUAGUCCCUGGAAGUUAUGUGUAAGUCAAAGAUGUCGGACAGUCAGGCAGGUUUUAUUUAUGCUUGGAGAGAAUCUGUAGUAUGCAUUUGCUUAAGCAUGAAUGCAAAUGGUAGAAAAACACAGCAUUUUCUGAGGUUACAAAAAGAGAAUAGGGGAAAAUAGUUUUAUGCAAAGAUGACUUGAAAUACUGUAUAGUGUAAACGACCUGCAUGACAAUUCAUUGCUAGCAUUAGGUUGAGUAAAGACAAAGAUCAACAGUUUUAAAUAUGUAAAAAUAAAAAAU